GAAAAUUCAACAUCCUAUCUUGAAAAUUCAAGAAAAUUAGUACUUAAAUGAAAUGUUCUUCGUUCAUUAUGCGCUUUUCCAAAUUCUCUGUACACGAACUGUGUAUGACAUAUGACAAUGGAGCAAAGCAGAGACAAUAUAAUCUCUAUGUAUUUUUCCUUAGGAUUAUCUAACGCCGAAAUUCACAAUAUGCACAAUAUCAUGGCAUGAUUAUAAGUGUAAGGACACUGAAAAGGGUUUUGUCCAAAUGCAAACUUCACAGGAGAAAAGGCCAUUCUGAUAUGGAAGUGGCUUUGUUCAUUUUGCAACAGUGUGACACAUCGGGUAAUUGUAAUGGUUACAGGUGGAUGCAUCGUAAAUGUCAGGAGAGCGGACUCAUAGUUUCAAAAGAAACUAUUUUGAUACUUAUGAAUCUAAUUGACCCAGAAGGAGUAAGGAAUCGCAAGAAAUGCCGCCUUGCAUGCCGCAGUUAUAUUUCAACCGGCCCAAAUGCACUUUGGCACAUGGACGGAUAUGAUAAAUUGAAACCUUAUGGCAUAUGUAUUCACGGAUGUGUGGACGGAUUUUCUAGAUGUGUUUUGUGGAUGGAUGCAUGGACGACAAACAACGAUCCCAAAGUAGUAGCUGGAUAUUAUCUUGACACUGUAGAACGACUGCAUGGAUGCCCAGAAAGAAUCAGAUCAGAUGCUGGUGGUGAAAAUAGGCAUGUAGAGCAGAUGCAGCUGUUGCUUAGACAUGACCACAACGACAGAUUUGCUGGAAGUGAAAGCUUUCUUUAUGGCUCAAGUGUCCACAACCAACGUAUUGAGUUUUGGUGGGGUAUAUUGAGAAAGCAGUGUGUGCAAUACUGGAUGGACAUGUUCAAGCACCUGAAAAAUGAAGACUUAUUUUGUGGAGACUACCUUGACAAGAGCCUGGUGCAGUUCUGUUUCCUUGAUGUCAUUCAGAAGGAAAUCAAAGAUGUUGCACAAACAUGGAACUUUCAUCAGAUACGAGCAAACAAAAACUCCGACAAUCCUAGUGGAAAACCAUCUGUUCUAUUCUCCCUUCCCCAACUUUAUGGAGCUGAAGAUCAUUUGAAGCCUGUGUGUCCAGCCUCUCUGGAACUCUGUAGACAGGAGAGUACCCCGAGAGGUGAGGUGAACUGUGACCCAACAGUGCAUGAACUGUGUACUUUGAUCAUGGAGGACAUGCAAUGGCAGUUUCCCGAUGACAAGAAGAAUUUGACUUUUGCAUUCAAGAAGUGAGAUCAGAAAAGAGCUUUGAUGUACGAAACUGUCUGAAAAUCAACCUUUGCUCCUCAGAUGAACAUAGCAGAUACAUACAUGAGAAAUGGAAGAAAUGUUUCAUGAAUAAAGCCAUUGU